UACCCCUCUGAACGUCAGCUGAGGGAGAUUUCUCUUUGGCCUAAGGUUCAAAAUGGCGCAGUUGAGUUAUGUCCGUGUCGUGAUGGAGAAAAAUGAUAGCGAAGAGCGGACUGAGCUGCCUCCAACAACUAGUACCGAGAUUCUCAAAGUGAAUUCGGCUUUGCAUGCUUCGGAACACCGUAAGACAGUGGCCAAGAAGAGGAAGAUGCAGCCAUUGCUCGAUGGUUACGGUAAACCCAAAGUGGAAGUGCGUGGCGCCCCGUCGCCGACUAGUUUGUUACCGGUGAGGAAGGCGAAUGAUGAGAAAGAUAGGGACAGAGACCGGGAGAAGGACCGAACUAACAUUAUCAAAAAUUGUUCUGAACUUGGUGUGAGUUCUAAAUAUACAGUCCCUUCACCUCCUUGUCCCCUUCCUCCUGUUUACUCCUCGCUCUACAUUCACUCAAAAUCAAAUAGACCUUCCAAGGAAAAGUACAACAGCAGCAGCAAAGAGAGGGAGAAGAAACACGGGGCCAAGAAAGAAAACGGCGACGUCAAGUUACUCCAGAAAGGUAUCAUUGAAAAAAGAAAACUUAGUACAGAAGAAUUCCAAUUUAAAAAGAUAAAAAAGAAAAAGAAAAAGAAACACAAGGAAAGUGACAAACGGAAGCAGCCCAAAAUGUGCAGCAAAUCUAUUCAAACAAUUUGUUCAGGGCUAAUGUCAGAAAUCAAAGAGCAGAAGGAGACUUCAUUAGAAGAUGGAAAUAGGAUAGCAAUUCUAUACCAACAAGAUGGACUGUCUGGCUGUGUACCCUUGGAAAGCAGUCAACCUCCCCCUGACUUGUGCAAGAAUUCUGGUGUUGGAAACAAGAAUUCAAGACUAGACCUGUUGGAAUUUAAAAGGUUUAUUCAUAUUGAAGACCAGCCUAAUGGAGGUGCUUCAGUGGUGCAUGCCUACAUGGAUGAGCUUUCUUCCCUAUCUCUUGCAGAGAUGGAUAAAUUUUCAGAGGAGUUUGUGAAUCUAACGUUCAGUGAAAAUAGUAACUCUGCAGCCUAUUAUGUUAUGGGUAUUGUUCAUGGAGCUGCUGCAUACUUACCAGAUUUCCUUGAGUAUUUUGCUUAUAGCUUUCCAAGUGCACCAGUGAAGAUGGAAAUCUUAGGGAAAAAGGAUAUAGAGACAACUACCAUGUCAAACUUCAAUGCUCAGGUGAGGCGAACAUAUUCACAUGGUACAUACAGGGCUGGACCAAUGCGACAGAUCAGCUUGGUAGGGGCUGUAGAUGAAGAAGUUGGGGACUACUUUCCAGAGUUCCUUGACAGAUUGGAAGAAUCUCCUUUUUUAAAGCGUACUUUGCCAUGGGGAUCACUUUCUAGUCUCAAAUUGAAGUGCCGUAAAGAAAGUGAUGAUGGCCCUAUUAUGUGGGUUCGUCCAGGAGAGCAGGUGAUCCCUAUAGCAGACAUGCCAAAAUCACCUUUUAAACGAAGACGAACAACCAAUGAGAUAAAAAAUUUACAGUAUCUACCUCGUGCAAGUGAGCCACGUGAAAUGCUAUUUGAGGAUAGGACUCGAGCCCAUGCUGAUCAUAUUGGACAGGGAUUUGAACGUCAGACUACAGCAGCUGUUGGAGUGUUGAAAGCUGUACAGUGUGGGGAUUGGUUUGAUCAACCCCGUAUAACCAAAGAUGUAAUUUGUUUUCAUUCAGAAGACUUCCUAGAGGUGGUGCAGAGGCUCCAGUUAGAUCUGCAUGAACCACCGUUGUCUCAGUGUGUUCAAUGGGUAGAUGAUGCAAAACUCAACCAGAUACGAAGAGAAGGUAUUCGCUAUGCGAGGAUUCAGCUAUAUGAUAACGAUGUAUAUUUCAUUCCCCGGAAUGUUGUACACCAGUUCAAGACUGUCUCUGCAGUUUGCAGCUUGGCGUGGCAUGUACGGUUGAGACAGUAUCACCCAGAUGCAGGAGAACCAUGUGCUCAAGAAUGUGCUUCUGUAAAUCAAGAAUUGCCACCAGACACCAAGUGCCCUGUUAUCAAAUUAGAAACUGAGGAUAAACAACAGAGGGACGACAUCACCUCUGAAGAUGCAAGACAUCGAGAAGUAAAAAUAGAACUUAAUUUCACAGAGCUCCCAAAAAUGAAAGUGGAACCUAAAAGCAGUGAAUCACAGUCUGUAACUGAGUCAAAAGAUCUCGUGUGUUCAAACAUCCAAACUGACUGUGGAGAUGAACAACAGCUACCUUCAGUAAAGCCAGAUUUGCAUGAGUAGCAACGGAACUUUUCUUAUUGAUAUCUGUGUAUAUUCUUUGAAGCUUUUAUUUUUUUUUAAAAAUGUAUCUGGACAAUGGUGUGACGUACAAUAUAUGUUCUUGCUUAUGUAAGUUCUAUGGGGCAAGCUUGUUAUUGUUCUCAAGACUGUUACAUGGUAGGACAGAAAAGUACAUGUAGCUUUGUAACAUUCCUCAGUGCCUGUCCAUAACUGUGAAACUUAACAGCACUUAAGGGGCAGGUGCACUGUCAUACUGCAGGUUAAAUGGGAAAAAUAAAAGGUUUUCAAAAUUACUUUUUUGUUAUUAGAUUAAAAAGUCAUGAGGAUAGAAGCAGAGUUGACCUCGGCACAUACUUUUUGUAAGCUGAGCCAAAAUUGUUUCCAAAUUCAAGCUUAUCCAUAGAGCUUAUGUCAACCUAGUUGCAAGUUUGAAUACUGGUAUUUGUGUCAACACAGUAGUGUAAAUACAUCUUUUAUUAUAAUUAUGUAGUACAAUUUCAAACUAAAAUCUGAACCACUUAAUAAAGGUUCAGUGUACUUUAAUGUUUUUACAUAUGUAAGUACCAAAAGUAGUAGCCUUUGGCUAUUUUACACCUACAUUAUUUUAUUUCGCCUAAUGUAGACGUGACAAAAUUUGUGUAACCGUGCAGACAAAUCAGAAUUUUCUCUCUUCUUUCUCUCCCAGGGGGAGGGGAGAAGGGAAUUGAGUGCAGAUGGUCAUAUUCUAGAUUUUAAAAUAAAGGUAUUCAUUAUGCGAUGUUGUCCAAGACACUGAUGUACCAGUAGCUGACUUAAGCUAGUUUUUAAACGUUAUCCUUCACUAAAUUUCUGCAAAUACUGUCUUCACAAAAAUCAGUUGUAAUUUUAACGUUUCACCUAGGGUAUGCUUUUUAACUAGGAUGCCAUGCCUCGCUUCAUCUGUAUUUGGGCAGGACCAAGUUUCAAAAUUGCAGCAUCUAAUAGCUGAAUUAGCUAUACUAUGUAUUGCUUUAUUUCCCUAUUGCACUAAGUGAAACAAAGUUAGUGUUCUAUGGCGUCGGCUCAAGUUGUACAAGACCUAGGAUGAUUUGUUUUUAAAUAAUUUUUCAGUCUGUACUAUUUUGACGCAUGGAUGCACAUAUUUGGAGCACUUUGUAUGCACCAUACCCCUGAAUUUGCAGUCACUGACAGUAAGGGUGUUUGCUGCUGAUCUCAACAAGCUACUGUCAAAAGUUUGCUGGAGCUUCAAGAGUUUGGAUUUCUGUUCUGAUUUGAAUUUGGCACAAACUGCAGCAUUCAACAACAAUGUUGGCAACUGAUCAGUCAGUCAGACUAAAGAGUUAUUCCAAUUUUCAGAGCAUGAAGUAGAAGGCAAGGAUUAUAAUGUAUAUUUUAAUCCAUGUACAGUAAGAAAAACUAAAAUAUGAUUUUUAAAAAAAUGUAAAUUUAAUUUUCACAUGUCCUUGGGGGGAAAAGGGGUUCCACAUAUGUAAAAUUAAUUGUCAGGGCCAGAAAGGUGGUUGAGCAAUAAUUAUCAUUCAGAUAUUUUCUAACCAAUCUAUUCAGAGAUGUUAAGAUACACUUUGGAGUUGAUGGGACUUGAAUCUAGGAACUUCUGACUCAGAGGUAGGGACACUACGACUGCACCACACCAUAUUAAUUAUGAUUUAAUAUACUGUUAAUUAUCAGUUACAUCUGAUUGACAAUUUACUUGAUUGCAAAAUAAGAAUAGUGUGUUUAUCAUGUCAAUUUAUUGUGAUUGUGCUGAUUGUUCUCUCACACCUUCAUAAAGUCAAAUUAUCACCGACAACAACUUCUGUUUAUCCACAUUAACUGCUUUUCUGGAUAUCAGAUGUUGCUGCUAGUUUUACACUGUAGUGAUCACAAACACUGACAGUUUCAUCAUCAUUAGAACCACAAAUUCUAAGGCAUUACCUUUUGUGUCACUCAUUAAUGUUGAAAAUAAUGUUCUGUAGUUGUGCUAGAUGUGUAUUAUAAGAAAGUCAUCAUGAUCUCAGGAUAAAUGUGACAGUUUUAUCAGCUCAGUUUGGUAAGUGUUGAUGAUUGAACUAGCCUUACAUUUUAAUUUGGGCUGGAUUUAAGUCCUUGUUUUUCAAACAGCAACACAAUCAACAUAGUAUUAUGCCAUCAAAUCAGAUGACCAUUCUCCCUGUAACAUCAUGAUAUUCCCACAUCCAAAACUCCAUUGCUUACAAUGUUCUGUUAAUAUGCACGUUAAGAUUCACUGCACUUUAUGGAAAGAAAUGUGGUGUGGUGGGGCAGGGAGAGAAAAGAGAGCAAUUCAGUUUAUUACUGCUGUAUUAAGUCAGUUCAUCUCAGCCGAGCCGGAACUUAAGAGCACUAUGGUUGUUUUGAAGAAAAAAUUAACUUAUUUCUGGACCUAUAUUAUUAUUAAUGACUUUUACGAAUGAAGUGUGGUUUGGACCCAGCACUAAUGUUUUCCACAUAUUAACAGUUCGUUGAUAACUUGCAGCCAAGGUUUGCGCAUAACCACUUGGUCCAAGUUGCAGAUACUUUGAGACUCAGUGGUACAAGGAAAGAAACUUCAAGGUUCAAAUGAGCAUUUUGAGAUUUUUUCCCACCAAAUGUUUAAGUUCUUCUGUUCAUUGUCUUUUAUGUGGUUAUAUUUUAACUUUUGUUGUUUGCACUUAUUAACCUCUCUUUAAGGCACAAUUCCUGUAGAACUACAGUUGCACUUCAACCCUCUGUAUGAACAAGGUAACACCUCUUUUGUAUGGGAAUUAUAAAUGGUGAGUACUUCAUCAGGGAUCAUUAUAGCUAAAUUUGGUCAUCCAUUCUUCUGUUCACAAGUGCAUUUUCUACAAGAGCUGUUUGCUUAGUCAGCUCUGGAAUUCUGGUUGACAUUCUCUUCUCAAAGCCAGGCUUAGUAUUUUUCUACCAUCAUACUGUGAUUGCUUAGAAACCAUUGCUGAGAACAGCAAAAUGUCAAUACUGUGGACUGAAAGGUUGUAAGCAGUUUCAUGUAAAACUGCUUUAGCAGAGUUGAAUUCCAGCUAAUGAAUAAUUUAUAAAAUAACAAUGUAGCAAAUUAAUGUUGUGAAUAUGCAGUCAUUUUUAACCAUCUUCUGCAUCCCCUUCGUGCAUCGUCUGUAAGUUAAAUAUUUGGGUAGUGAGAAUGUUCUUGGACUUUUGGAUGUGAAGUUUGUCUGUAUGAGAGAUAUGUUCUUCCCUAAUGUGCACAAUGCAAGUGUCAAUGAAGAUAAUACUGAAACCAAAUCGAGUAGCAAAGUCCAUGCUUGGAGCAGCCUUUUGUGUUACAUCAUGAGUGAUUUACUGUCUUCCCUCAAUAGCAUGAGAGAGAUUGGUAUUAAACAGAUCUCCAAAUUAAUUUUGAAACAUCGACAGUUCAUUUCUAUUCUGGUGGUGUGCCUUUUCAUUAAACUAAUUAUCUUAAGUCAGAGAGCAGAAGGAAGAUUUCUUCAUCCACCCAUCUGAAUCCAAUUCUAAAUACGUAUUAGAAAAAACACAAAACUCCUAUUUCAUCUAGGAGAUCUUUUUCUUGCCACUUUCCAAAGAACGAUUGGCAAUCAGGUCUUUAAGCAACAAAGUGUGCGAGGAUCCCCUUGAAGCGAAGCUGUCUAGAAUUUCUGAUGCUUGCUGUUUUCUAAUGACUGCACUUUUCUUGGCAAUAUUGGCACACUUUAUGAACCGUAGAAAUGCUGGAGCACAGAAAGCGGAUGUUCUGCCUAUCCUGUUCAUGCUGUCCCAAAAACACCCAGAUGCCCUUUCUCAUCCCAUUUUCCUGCACAUGACCCAUAAGCCUGCAGCUUACAGAAUUUAAGGUGCAGAUCUAGUACUUUUUAUGCUUGUUGCAGUAAUACAUUGGAUGUUACUUGGCACUUAAUCUUCAACAACUUGUACAAAUUUCACCAGUAACUGGAAAAAACAACCUAGUAUACAUGUGCUAUGCAGCUAGAAGAACCUCUCAUCAUUGUGGAACUUGCUUUGAUAUCUCUUAACAUAACCCUUUGCAUUCUCAAGAUCAGUGAUGAGGUGUAGUCCUGAUUCUUCUUCUAAUGAACGUCAAUAAUGGCUGGCUGUUGGAAUGUAGGAACUGAGAAAAUGGAGAGUAAUUCAUCUCAGAAUUUGAACAGUAAGGGAAAAUUCAAGUUCAUAUAUUGAUAGAUUAGGUGAAAUUCUAGACAGCAAGGAAGAGGGUGUUGGAUGAGCUGGAAUGGAUUAGAAUAAGAUAUAGUAGCAUUGUUUUGCAUUAGGUUAGCUGCUAAGAGAAUAAACUUAAAUACUGAACAUGCUAGUGCUGUUUUCUGUCUUCUUAAAAAAAGAAAAAUCUGAGGUUUGUUUUAAAAUCAUAAAGUUUACUAAGAUAGUGGAAACCCCACAUAUUUGUUAAACCCAAAAAUAGUAGAUGCAAAGAGUAACAUUUUUGUAUAAGACUUUUCAUGACCGUUCAACAUCUGUGCAAAAAACAAACAAAUUAAGUACUUUUUGAAAAAAACAUUGAAGCUGGAGAAACUUAACCUCUGUCAGAAGUCAUUUUUUAAUUCCAACGCCUUUCAGUUUGGCACUCAAAAUUAACUGUUUCUGACUUCUCAGAGGCUGCUAGCACUGCCAACAACCUGAAUCCAGUUCUAAAUACAUACAUACACACAAAUUGUUUCAGAUUCCACGUUUUGCUUUCAUUUACGUACUUGUUGAAGUAAUUAUUUUAAAAGCUAGGUAACUAAUGUGAACUCAGUACACUCCACAAUCAGUAAUGUAAUAAUUAUCAAUAAUUAAUCUGUUUUCUCACCUGUUUGCCAAAUAAUGGUUGAGUCACUGAGGAAAGCCCCCUGUACUUGGUCAAAUAUUACCUGAGAUUUCCAACAUUCACCUAAGUAGACAUGGUGCCAUGUUUCAACAUGUCAUCUGAAAAACUGUAUUUCUGACAGCUUAACAACUUGUGUGUUCAAGCCCUGCAUUAAUUCAAUCCACAAUGUUGUGACUCAGAGUCAAGUGCACAUUGAGCUAAACUUACUUGUCUAAAAAGUAGAGGGAAUUCAGACCUGAUUGACAGAAGGGUGGAGGCAAAUGAUAGCUAUGUAAGGAGAAAAGGAUUGAAGGUUAUGCUAGUUGGAUGAAGCAGAGUGAGAGAAGGCUUGUGGAGCGUAAAUGCCAACAUUGAACCAGCUUUUAAAUUGGUCUCUGUUGUUCUAUCUAUGGAGAGAGGUAUAAAGAAUUGAUCUUUCACGCUGGUAGCAGAGGCUUUGGAGGGGGUCAGAAAAGGAUGGAGACAUGGUUAUGGAUGGGGGUGCACAGAGGGGGGGACAGAGUUUGACAUUCCAGAGAAAGUAUUAAUUGUACACCACACCGUUUGGGCCUCCUGUGGCUGCGAGGCCAAUCACAUUUUGCCUCUUGGCCUAGGCUUCCCACUCCUCUGGGUGAUUUGCUCAACUAGCUGUCCCAAUGAAGGGUAUUUUCUAGUGUGGUUUUGGUGCUUUCCAGGAUGAUUUUUGUUUAGCAUUUGUGUUGAUGGUGCCCCGCAACAUGCUGUCUAAAGCAGUAACCCUGAUAUGCCUUUUUAAAGGGAUUAUCUUGUAGAAUGGUGAUCAGAGAUAAUGGGAACUGCAGAUGCUGGAGAAUCCAAGAUAACAAAGCAUGAAGCUGAAUGAGCACAUCCAGCUUCACGCUUUGUUAUCUUGUAGAAUGGGACUGGUUGAAGCUACCGUAAAUAUCCUACCUUCUUGACCUUGUUUGAAGUGUGGUAACUUUAAGGUUAAAUUCACCACCAGUCCCCUCCUCAGAACAGUCUUAUGGUCCUCUUAAGACUAUGGCAACUUUAGAAUUGGAUUUUACUAGAGCCAGUAAUGGGUUCCUUCACAAAUGGUGGGUGGGAGGGAACAUCUGUAUCGCUGACCUUUAAUUACCCUGGUCCUAAAUGGAUGAGAUGAAUACUGCUACAAUGACUGAUAUUUUCUAAUCUGUCUGUUCAGAGAUGUUAUUACACAACACUGGAACAGAUGGAGCUUGCCUCCUGCCUUAGUGCCCUUUCCUCUAUCACAUUGUCAUUCAUUCAUUGUAUCUUGCACAUAUUUUUCAUGGUCCAUGGUUGUUUGCUUUGGAAAUAUGCCCACAAAGUGUAGAAGAAAAACUUUUCUUUGCAUAUUGUUGACAUUUAAUACAGCAAGUGACUGGAAAAGAUGUCUGCAUUAUUUGGCUUUUGUGCAGAUUU